GUGGCUUAGUAGGCGACAUAAUGUGUCCCAUGUGUUUUUAGUUCCGAGUUGUAAAUUUUCCCCAGUGGGAAAAGGCAUGUUGAGUAGGUUUGAAACCAUAGACAAACUGGCGAAGCAACUGAUGCGGACCGGUUCUGCAGUCAGGCAUAAAAUGAUGAAAAACUGGGGAGUUAUUGGUGGAAUUGCUGCUGCACUGGCUGCAGGUAUCUAUGUCCUCUGGGGACCAGUCACUGAAAGGAAGAAACGGCGAAAAGGUCUUGUCCCUGGCCUUGAAAAUCUGGGAAACACUUGUUUCAUGAACUCUUUGCUACAAGGCCUAGCUGCCUGCCCAUCUUUCAUCCAGUGGUUGAAGGAAUUUACAGCACGCUAUAAUACAGAACCGCUCCAGGAGCCCCAACAUCCUUACCUGUCUGUGACCCUGCUGAAAUUGUUGGAAGCUUUAUGUAACCAAGAAGAGGGAGAGGAUGAUGUCUUGGAUGCUGGCUAUUUAUUGGAAGUUUUGAGAUCGUACAGGUGGCAGAUUUCUUCAUUUGAGGAACAGGAUGCUCACGAACUGUUUCAUGUGCUUACUUCUUCACUAGAAGAUGAGAAGGAUCAACAGUCACGGGUCACAAAUCUGUUUGAUGUUCUCUCAUUAGAAAAUCAGCCAGAAGUAGAUCAGAAGAAGUUAAGAUGUAGAAGUCGAGGGCCACUGCAUCCAUUGCCAAAGCACUGGAAAUCCCAGCAUCCAUUCCAUGGAAGACUUACAAGUAUUAUGGUGUGCAAAUGCUGUGAACAACAGUGUCCAGUAAGGUAUGAUACUUUCGACAGUUUAUCACUUAGCAUUCCGGCAGCCAUAUGGGGUCGACCUGUAACACUAGACCAGUGCCUGUUACAUUUCAUCUCUUCAGAGACUAUUAAAGAUGUUGUUUGUGAAAAUUGCUCAAAGGAAGAAGAAAAAUUACAUGAACAGAUUACAGAAAAAAGAAGAGCAACAUUUAUUAAGCAAUUGAAGCUAGGAAAGCUUCCUCAGUGUCUAUGUAUACACCUCCAAAGACUUAGUUGGUCCAACCAAGGUACACCACUGAAACGACAUGAGCAUGUACAGUUCAGUGAAUACCUUUCGCUGGACAGAUAUAAAUAUCGUGCUUCAAGUCGCAGGUCCAAUCAAUGUCGACUAAAUAGUAAAGGUAGUUCAGAAAGCCUGUUUGAGGAGAAGGACUGUACAGCAAUGAAAAUAACUGUGCUGGACCAACCAAAUGACCUCAAGCCAUUGCUGCUAAAUGGAGCAGGACCUUCAGCCAUUUUAUCAUCACCUUUUGCAACAUCACCUCUUCCUUUCGUUUCUGACUUUAGUUCUUCAGUGUAUUUGUUUCGGUUGAUGGCAGUGGUAGUUCAUCAUGGUGACAUGCACUCUGGACACUUUGUGACUUACCGUCGUUCACCACAGUCUUCAAAGAACCAUGUGACUUCUAAUAUGCAGUGGCUCUGGAUCUCAGAUGACUCUGUUCGUAAAGCCAGCUUACAGGAGGUGCUAUCCUCUAAUGCUUACUUGUUAUUUUAUGAGCGUAUCAGAGCCACACAGCACAGCCUGAGCUGAAAGUACAGCUGGAUUGAUUGGCUUACUGAGAUGGAGUUAUGGUGACAGGUAGAAAUAUUAUGCAGAAGACUUGGAGUGUUGUGGAAGGAGGCUGAACCCAGUACAGGGUUUAAAACAUUUCAGAACUCCUUUUGGUGCAUCCAAUACAAAGGGUAGAUUAAAGCUGCCAUAUCUUUUGGAUAUAUAAUCAAAGACUUCUGAAGCUGGACCUGUGAUUUUAUUUCUGUGUAUGUUGCUAAUUAUAAAAUUUAACAGCGGCCUUCUUUCCCAGUAAAAAGAGAGAGAGAGAGAGAGAGACAUAAAGUAUGCAGGUAUGGGAAAGAUUGUGCCUUCUUUGGCUUUAAUCACAUGCCACCGAAAGGGUACUGACAUAAUGAUAUAUCAUGCAUUGUUUGGACUGAGCUUUCCAACUCCACUUAUCAUACUGUAUUUCAGUGUAAUCCUUGAAAUCUGUAACUCAGUUUAUUCAGUUUUCAGACUACAUUCAAAACCUGAAGAUCAUAUCCCAAAGAAGUGGCACUGAACUACCAAACAGAAUGCCAUUGUUAGGACAUGCUAUAGUUAAACGCUGUUAAAUUUUCAACAGAAUUUUAGCUGCAAUUAUGAAGUCAGUUACAUUUUAUGAGGAGUACCUCAGGUGAGCUUCGAUCAUGUAGUGUGAUUAUUAGGAUUCGUAUGUCAAAAUUCUGAUCAGAAUGAAAAAAUACGUGUUAUGUCAGGACUAGAACAUAAUUCAAGCACUGAUUAAAGAGUGAGGGUAAAGUAAAUAAAUAAAAUUUUAGGACAGUAUCAGCCGUAAGGUACUUACAGAUAUUUAAACUGUGAUUUUUCCAGUAUGUCUGUAGGUAUUUGUACAGUGCAUGAGCGGGCAUCCUGCUAUGGCUGAUGUCCCAUUCAUGAUUGGUUCUUUGCCUUAUGUCCAGUGCUUGGUGGGAUAGGGUCCAGGUCCCUCCUGAUAGAUGGAUGGAUGGCUGUAUAGAUAACCCCUGCCAUAUGGUAGAGCCAAAACAAACCAGUGCAUGAUACCUCUGUAGCUUCACUGCACAACUGAGGCAAAGUAGGCAGUCCUAGCAAAACAACCAGCAUUUGAGGCAGCAGUGCAAUAACAUUUAUUAUCAGAGAAUGAAAAUGAACAGUUUUUGGCUAGCAUCUUUCUCAGUUGAUAAAGCACAGUUGGCAUGACUCUUACUUUCUGAUCACGGUACAAGUCCAUAAGUUACUCUACGUACUUUCCACACACACUAUGAAAUGCCCACCAAAACACAUAAAUUAUUGUUUGUAUACUUUAAGUAAUAGAAAAGGAAAGUAAAAGAAGAUAUUCUUUCUGUCAUCAGGCCAUCUUUCUAUCAUCAGGACACCACUCUUGUACUAAAUUGCUGUGCCUCAUACACAACACACCACACCACUAAUAUUUAAUUAAUAAUCCUCUACAAACUGUCAUCCCAUACUUUAGCUACCUCCUUACUAACAUACCCUCACCCUGAGAAGCCCAAAGUACUCUGGGACAAAUUGGGUUGGGGCGCACAGCUAGACUUAUAAAGGCCUCGCAGUCAUUAGCCUACUGAACAACCUGUGACCUUAUAUUUAUAUCUUUGUUUCUACCUUCUGCUUUCAUCUUGCAUAUUUAUUACACUGGAGGCAAUUUUUUCUGCAUUUCUUUGUACUUGCUUUUUUUUUAUACAAAACUAAGUAAUGUGUGCACAUAGGAAAACUUUAUGUGAUACUUCCUUAACCUUUAUACAUAACAUUAUUUUGCACGACUUUUAACGUAACGAGACAGAUGAAAAUAGAAACCAUGUCAUAUUAUAUUACUCUUCCAAGUUAUUAUUCAGUACUAUGGUUACUACUUGUCUGUUUCCAGUUUUAAGUCAAAGUAGUAUUUUUAUGUAGCAUUUUUUAUCAGUCUACCACUUACAUUACUUUUCCAAAUUGUUAUUCGUUAGAAUACAUUACCAUGUUCUAUUUCUUACUCAAAAUUUUCUAUAUAGUUUUUCAUCACUCUAUUUCUAUUUGCCAUCUUCCUUCAUUUAAUACGUCAGUAUCACUGAAUUCCAUCUUGUAUUCCGGUACAUAUAAUAUUCAGUAAAAAAAUAAAAUUGCUGCCUAAGAAACACAGGCUUGAUUCUCACUAGAUUUUCCUGAAUAAGUAUUGCAUAUUUUUGCAGAUAAAGACAAAUUUGUAUUUGUUUUUACUGUAAAUAUAUAUCCAUAUAAUAUAUGUAAAUUAAAGGAUAGAAAGUUCACACAGACCAACCAUUUAGUAAAAACUACAAGAAAGACCCAAGCAAGCCGAAGUCCUCACUGUGUAAUACCUUAAACCUCCUGUAGUGGAGUCCCAUGGGAUAUAUGCAAAUUUCCCAUUAAGGACAUACCCCGGUUUUAGCUACAUGGUUUCUGAAUGACAAUAUUUUAUUUUUUUUUAAGUCUUCAGUGGUGCAUUCAGGCCAAUAAAGCCAAACCUCACUAGCUAGUGUCCGGAUAUGUAUGUGUAGUGUAUCCUAGUGUUUUUUGUGGUGGUACUGUUAGGGAAGGGGUUUUUCAUAAAGAAAUGUGCAGGGUUAGGGGUAAGGUUAGCACAUGUGAGGUCGUCCAUGUGCACUAACUACAACCUUCAGGUUUGUGCAACCUUACGGUCACAGGGAUUGCAUGCGUAAAGCAAAUGUCUGUUCUCAGUGGAAUCAGAUGUCUUUUCCCAUUCAUCCUCUCUGACAGUAUCACUAUCUCUCAGUUCAACAGUUUUCUUUUUUCUUUGUCUUCUUGUUCCACUUACAACCAGAUGGGUCUCUUAGGUACUGUUUUUAUUUUCCUAACUGCCUCAUUAAGACUGUCAAAGAUCAACACUUUACCAUUAUACAUUUAAAGUUGCAGGGAAUGACAAAUUAAAUUUUAUUUUGUCUUCAUUUGCACUCCUUUGUCACUUCUACAUGUUUCAGUGUCAGCUCAAAGUAAUCAUGUUCUACCAAUAUAGGUAUUCCAGACAUUGACAGCUUUCAUUUUUGUUUGUCACAACUACUAGAAUAAAAGUUCUUUUUCAUAACAUAUCAGAAGCUCUUUUGGUAGUAGUCUAUGUUUUUCAUAUCUGAGUUCUGAGCCUGGCAGUGGCUGGCAUUUUGCACAUGCUACCCCCAAGGAAUUGUCAGUGAAUCCAUUGUACUCCAUCAUGAAUUUCACUUAUUCCAUCAAGUUCAUCCUUUCAUCACCUUCCAAACAAUAAAAAUGUUUUCUUGCA